AGUCACAGAAUGUUAACUGGCUACACUACAGAAGAGUAUAUUCAAAUUGGAUUUACUAUCCUGUGUGGAGCAUUGAUUGGGUGGCUAAUCAAUCGUUUUUACUUUAAAGGGCGCGUGGAAGAUUCGAAAAGCAAUCUGAAAAAUGAUGAGCAGUUUUCUGGAAAAAUGAAUACGGCAAACAUCAAGAAAAAUCGUGUGAUCUUUAGCCCAGAAGUUUGCGAAAAUGACCCACCAAAGGAAAGGGCUUCAAACUCUGAAAAGGACAACAGUGAGGAAAAAACUGAGAGUGAAUCAGAAACUGAUGAGCAAGAUGAAGAUGAAGAAGAGGAGCAGAUGCCACAGUUUAAUAACCGAAAAAUUACAAAUACUCAGAACUUUUGUCCAGAUGAACCGUCAACGUCUCAGGAAAAUCCUUUUGCCAAAGAGCUUUCCGAUGCUGACAAGAUGAAUGUAACAAUUGGAAAGCUCCACGGAAAGCUUGCCACUGCUCAAUUAAAGGCGAAAACCCGUCAAAUCGCCGCAGAAAUGAGUAACGAGGAGAAAGAAUAUGAAGCAAAAAUGAAAAACAACCAAAUGGAAUCAAUCAUGAGACUGAUGAUGCAAAACCAGGAAAAGUUCGGCAUGAGCAGUGACGACAUCAAAGAGCAAAUGAAUCUCUACAACUUUUAAGAACAUAAUCUUUUAAUUAUUUUUUAUUUGCUACUUUCGUAUUGUAAAACAAUUCAUGUCAGCAAACUUUUACCAAAAACUCACAAUCCACUUCAUUCCAUAAUUGAUAUUUGUCCCAUGAUCAUCAUCGCAUAACUUCCAUGUACAAAAAAAAUAAAUACUGUUGAAUC